UAAACAGCGGCGCGAGCGGCUGCGGAUUGAUGGCGACUCCAGCGCGCGUCAGGAGGCGACAUCUGUCCUCAGACCCUCUGACCUCCACCUCCACCCCGCAGCACUGAUGAAGCCUCCUCUGCCGGAGCCACAGCGGGCCGAAGGGCGGAUAGAGGAGAGAGAUGUACUGGCGCGUCGGCUUCGCCUGGAGCCGCUCCUGCGCGCUUGAGCUGGGCCGGAACAAGAGCUUCUCGCUCGGCUUGAGCGGCUCCGAGGAGCAUCUGUCGCUGUACGGGUACAUCAUCGCCUACCCGCUGCAGGAGUACGGAGGGAUCAUGUCUGCGUUAGGAUUUGACUCCUGGUGGAGAAAAACGCUCUACAUCACCGGGGGGGCGCUGCUCGCCGCCGCUGCCUAUUUACUACACGAGCUGCUUGUCAUUAGUCUGAUGGAGAAAGACAUGCGCACCCUUGCCACAUUCCUUGGCAAUAAAAAGUAUCUAAUGGGCCCGAAGUUCUCCACAGUAGACGCUGCUGUAUUUGGUCAUCUCGCUCAAGCCAUGUGGACUCUCCCAGGAACACGUCCGGAGCAGUUAAUUAAAGGCGAGUUCAUCAACCUGGCCAUGUACUGUGAGCGAAUCCGCCGCAAAUUCUGGCCGGAGUGGUUUGUGGACGUGGACGACCUUUACUACGACGGACUGAGUGAGGAGCCGGAUUCUCCUUCCCAGCUUCCAGAUUUGGGUCUGUACUCGCACAGUGGCAGCUUCCAGGAGCAGGAAAGCACUCUGUCGCACCACGACACGCCAUCACCGGACAGCGACGUCACCGGACGCUCUCUGUUUGACUCGGACAUGGACACCGAAUGCUCGGAAAUGGAGCAGUUGAAGUGAAAACCACACCCCCUUGAUGAUGCAUCUGCACGGGCCUCGCCCCCUUUGUUCUCCCACAAGCCCUUUAGAAGGGGAAGGGCUGGUCAAAUAAAGACGUGGUGACGUGGCAGCGGUUUUCCCAGACUCUGAGCGAGGGAUGGCAAUAAAUCCGACGGGAAAGGUAUUCUGACACUUUUUAAUUAAUGAAACCGAGGAUUUUAUUAAACGAGGGAAGGCCAGGCUAUAGAGAAUCCAGGAAGAAAACAGA